CUGCCCAGGGUACCAAGGGCUUUCCAUCCUCCGCGCAGGAUAGAAGACCAGUUCCCACGCACUGGGGUGAUCCACUGUGCAUUUCAGCAACAGACUACUCUUCCAGGAAAAAUAAAUAAAUAAAGCCACAGGCUUUUGUGACGGGCACCAUGCGCAAUGACUAACUCCGUGGUCGGAUCCGAGCGCUGCACAGAAAUUUAGUCCGCAUCAUUCCCUGACAGCUCCCUGAGAGAGAAGGAGAGGCGAGAGAGGCAGGGCUGGAUUCACAGAUCUGAUGUAAGAGAACAGACCUGGUAAGUCAUGUGGGAGACUGUGUGGUUGCAGUCCCUGGGCGUUGCUGCAGGAUUUUUUAGGAGCGCACGCUGGAGGCUUGCAGACUAUGGAGGAAAAACGUCAAGCUGAUCACUGAUGUGGGGAGGGCUGCUUCUCAACUCCAGCUGUGCCACAGAGCAGACUGCAACAGAGCAGCAUGACAGACACAGUGAUGAGCAGCAGCUCGGAUCGCUGGGUGUCCAAUGACAGGCAGAGGAACAUGCACGCUAGUGAUAAAGAACAGGGAAACUGGACCAUGCAGCCAGGCCCCGGUCCCGGUCCAGACCUCACCGAUGAAGAGAAGGAGAUUAUAAACAGUGUGAUCGCCCGCGCUGAGAAAAUGGAGGCCAUGGAGCAGGAGAGAAUUGGGCGUUUGAUAAACCGCCUGGACGACAUGAAAAAGACUGUGUGUGGGGAUGGAGUGUCCCGCUGUUUGCUGUGUGGAGAGCAGCUGGGCUCACCUGGGGUCAGCUCAGUGGUGUGCGAGGACUGCAAAAAGAACAUGUGUACCAAGUGUGGCACACAGUGUGGCAGUCGGCCACGCGCUGUGUGGCUGUGCAAGAUCUGCAGAGAACAGCGAGAGGUGUGGAAGAGAUCUGGUGCCUGGUUUUUCAAAGGUUUCCCUAAGCAUUUCCUGCCAUCGCCGAUGCCAUUAUCUAAAUCAAAAGAGACAGGUGCCCAGGAGGCAGCAGAGCCCCAGAGGCCAAAAGCCUCUGGGCCCAGGGAGACAGUAACCCAACAACAAGCACCAGGUCAGAAUCAAAAUGAGGCUCUUGCCUCUGAACAACAGGUCUCAGGGCCCGAGCCACAGGGCCGUCCUGGUUACCCACCUGUGGCCCCUAAACCAGUUAUGCGCAUGGCCUCAGGUGGGGCUGGCCCAGAAGAGGCCGGGCAGGGCAGCCCAGUGGUGAUGAAGAAGAUGGUGCCUGUCCAGAGCACCAGACCACAGCCUUGUGCAUCCACCAACAUGACGCAGCAGGGUUCAAUGGUCGGAGAUGGAGGUGCUUACUCUUCCGGUGCAGUUCCUCCAGAGCAGAGAGCGCCUCCUGCAGUGAGAGAGGACAGGAGGCAGCCGACUGCCUACGGUGCCCCUCCUGCCCGACAGCAACCUCCCCCAGCUGAGGAGGAGGAGGAAGCCAAUGACUAUGACUCGGAUGAAGCCACCACUCUGGGCUCUCUAGAGUUCAGUCUUCACUAUGAACAGGAAAGCAACAGCCUCCACUGUACCAUCCUCAAAGCAAAGGGACUGAAACCCAUGGACUCAAAUGGACUGGCAGAUCCUUAUGUCAAGCUUCAUCUGCUGCCAGGGGCUAGUAAGUCGAACAAGCUGCGCACAAAGACGCUGAGAAACACCCGCAACCCUGUGUGGAACGAGACGCUCACCUACCAUGGCCUGACAGAUGAGGACAUGCAGCGUAAGACCCUCAGGGUCUCUGUCUGUGACGAAGACAAGUUUGGGCAUAAUGAGUUUAUCGGGGAAACCCGAGUGGCACUGAAGAAACUGAAGAUGAAUCAGAAGAAAAACUUCAACGUGUGUCUAGAGAGAGUUGUGCCUACGAAGAGAACCGCAACAGCCGGCACAGCCAGAGGGAUCGCUCUCUACGAGGAUGAGCCGGGGAAAGACGGCACAGAGGUAGAAGAGCGUGGUCGGAUUCUGAUAUCCCUCCUGUACAGCACCCAGCAGAACCGCCUCAUUAUAGGCGUCGUGCGCUGCGUCCAUCUGGCGGCCAUGGAUGCUAACGGUUACUCCGACCCGUAUGUCAAAAUAUGUCUGAAGCCUGACAUGGGGAAGAAGGGAAAGUGCAAAACACAAAUCAAGAAGAGGACUCUGAACCCAGAGUUUAACGAGGAAUUCAGUUUCGACAUCAAACACAGUGAACUGGCCAAGAAGACGCUAGAUAUAUCAGUGUGGGAUUACGAUAUUGGGAAGUCCAAUGACUACAUAGGUGGAUGUCAGUUGGGUAUCACUGCCAAGGGAGAGAGGCUGAAGCACUGGUAUGAGUGUUUGAAGAACAAAGACAAGAAGAUUGAGCGCUGGCACACCUUGUUGAAUGAGAAUCACGUUGCUAGUGAUUAACCACUUGCCCCACCGCACCAUACAGCAUGUGCUCAUACUAUCCUUCCUAGCUGGCUUGCAUUUAUCUUCUGAUCAACUUUUUUUUUAACCAUGUUCUUGUUUAUUACUUAAUCUUCUGUAUUCACUGCUCCCGUUUGCCCUCUUCCCCGAGUUAGUACACUGUUCUGUCCCGUUUCCUUAUAAACGAUUCCUCUGCCUACACUGAUACUUAAUCUGCACCAAAUCAUGGCGUAAAUGAAUUAGAAAUUUUCGUUUAUGUAGCCGAGACAUCUGUUAGCAAACAGCCGCACAAAGGCCAUCACGGCCGUCAGCGAUGUUACACGUUGUGCCGAACUUGACACGUUCUUCGCAAAGGAAAAUGAUGUUUGACUUGCACAGAACAAGAAAAGCAAUAUGCUACGGCAUCUGUCAAAACCUUUGCUCAAGCUUAAAAAAAGGCUCAAUGGAGCUCACGCUUAAAAUUUAUUAGACUGUAAAGGUAUUAUCUUUGUUUUCUCACGUGAUGACAUCACGCUGUAGUGUAACACUUGACCUGUAUAAGCAUGCCACGCCACACACAACACUACAUGCAGCUGCACCUUCAGAUACUUCAACUUUCUCAGCAUAUUGUAUAUUACCAUGAAGAAAUGUUUACAUAAUGAUACAUUGCUCAGGUUAGUAUAGACAUCUGAUUACAACAGAUGAUUCAUAAGUCAGUGGACCAUGAGCUAGAUCAAUCUUCAAUCAGUUGCUGUUAAUUUGUGAUUUAAGAUUAGAGCACACUUAGUUUAAACCAGGAGGUUUUAUUCUGUGUGGUAAUUUAAACUGUGAACUCUGAGUUUGUGGAAAGUAUUAACUUUGUGUUUAGAGAAACUGAAAAAUGAACCUUUAUGUUUAUUUUCCAGUUGAUUUCUUUGUCGCGGUGAGAACUGGCAGGAAACAAAAAAAAAAAGAAUUUCAUCCUGCUACCUCUACUCCUCUGAAGCUAGCGGUUCACCCUGACACCUCAGAGGUUUUCUACUGCAGUGUUUACAUGGAAUGCACAGAGUCAGGUUUCUUACAGCUUUCCCUAACAAAUUUGGCUGCUCCGCUUAACAAGCAGAGAAGGCUGGACAGGUUAUGCCAUUAGUAUGUGCAGCUUUACCUGCAUGCACUGUGCUUGUGACUCUUGUGUGCCUGGGGCAGUCAUGGCCCGCUUUUACCCCGAUGUACCCUUUGCACAAGACAGCCACCCCCACCCUCCUCGGUCUGCCCACACCCCAAUCAUUCAAGGCUUUAGUGUGCGUUUGUUCACUGAUUACAGAAAACCAAGGAAAGCACACCUUACAAAGUGGAUCGACCUCAAUUUCUACAGCUGUCUGCAAGUUAUUCCAAUAACAUAUUCCAUAACAAAGACGAAAACAAAAAGAUUCUAUGCAUGAAAUGUCUUGUGGUUCAAGAUACAGAUACAUAUAUAUAUAUAUACUUUGUAAGAAAUCAAUGCUAUUGUAAUUCCAUCAAUGUUUACACUUCUCCCCCACAACAUUCCUGUUAAUACUUUAUAUUCAACAGGGCAUAUUCUGCAUGACUAUAACGACUAUGGUGUAAUCUGAAUAAACUGGUUUGUUAGCAUCCACAGGAUAGACUAAUAAUCAGCUGAGCACAUCAUAAUAUGACAAUGUCCAACUCUAUCAGUAGCAGACUAUGACAUUAAUCUUAUACUUUGAACGAGAGGUCCUGUACAUAAAAUCUUUCCAGCGUCUUGUUUUCUCUGUAAAACCACUCUGCCCCCUCGUGGCAGUUAUUCAGACACCCUCCAGGCCUGCAUUUGUGCUAUUUCAGCCACAGUGAUCGUCAAAUGAUGAUCGGCAUUUUGCUGUUUCAAAAAGCAAAACGAGCAGAAAACAAAAGCAGGCUUUCUCCUGAGCUACACCCACACCUGUCUUCUUCUUGUUUCAGCCAGUUCAGUGGAAUGUUUCUUCUUUAAUCUCUGUAUUUGUACAUAGAUAGUGCAUGCAAUGGAAAGAUGUAUGUUUGCAAAUAACUUUGCAUGUAAAGAUUUUGCAGAGAGUUUACACAGAUCAAUAAAGUCUAAGGA